AUGAGCCAGGUAGUCAUAAACACAUCAUCAUCAGCAUCAGCACUAGAACCACAUAAGACAGUGACUAGUCGAGUUACAGGGACAGUGAAUUAUAUCAAUGCCAGAGAAGUAACAAAUGCUGAAGAUUUAUUAGCUGAAAUUGGUUAUAAACAAGAACUUAGAAGAACUUAUUCAACUUUUGAAGUUUUUGGUAUUGCAUUUUCAAUUAUGGGAUUAUUACCUUCAAUCGCCACUAUCAUAACGUUGGGUUUAGUUCCAGGUCCAGCUGCUUUAGUAUGGGGUUGGUUCAUUGUAGGUGCUUUUAUUUUCGGUGUUGGUGUAUCUAUGGCUGAAUUAGCUAGUGCUAUUCCAACAUCUGGUGGUCUUUAUUAUUGGACUUAUCAUUAUGCACCAGUUAAAUAUAAGGCUGCAUUAUCAUUUUUAGUUGGUACUACAAAUUCUAUGGCUUUAGCAGGUGCUGUUUGUUCAAUUACAUAUGCAUUUGCUCAACAAUUUAUAACAGCUAUAUACUUAGGUCUUGAUGGAUCUUUCAAAAUAACAGAUGCAAUGAUCUAUGGGGCCUUUGCAGGAGCCAUUAUUAUUGAAAUGUGUGUUACAUGUUUCAGUACUAAAUCAACUUCAAAACUUCAAAUGCUUUCAAUUGUUUGUAAUGUUGGUUUGAUCGUUUUGUUUUUAAUUGCAUUACCAAUAGGUACUAAAAUGAAUGCAAAAUUUAAUGAUGCAAAGUUUAUAUUUGCUAAAUAUGAUAACUUGAGUGAUUGGCCUGAUGGAUGGGCUUUUUUUCAAUUUGGGUUUAUGCCAGCUGUUUGGACAAUUGGAGCAUUUGAUUCUUGUGUUCAUAUGUCUGAAGAAUCUAAAACUCCAUCAAGAAGUGUUCCAAUUGGUAUUCUUGGAUCUAUUACAGCUUGUUGGAUCGGUGGAUUUAUUAUAAAUAUUGUCAUUUGUGCAUGUAUGACUACAGAUAUUGAAUCAGUAUUAAAUACAGGUACCGGUCAACCAUUGAUGUUCAUAAUACAAUCUAAUCUUGGUAAAAAAUGGGCUGUUGCAUUUUCAGCUAUGGCUGCAUUUUGUCAACUUUUGAUGGCUUCAAGUACUUUAACUGCAAUUUCAAGACAAGUUUGGGCUUUUGCUAGGGAUGAUGGCUUACCAUUUUCACGUUACAUUAAGAUUGUGGAUAAAAAGACACAAGUUCCAAGAAAUGCAGUUGCUGCUAGUGCUGUCGCUGCUUUAGCUAUUGGGUGUUUGAUUUUGGCUGGUCCUGUUGCUGCUAAUUCAUUAUUUUCAAUUGGUAUGAUUGGAUUAUAUGUUACUUAUGCUAUACCGCAAAUUCUUAGAUUUACAAGUGGAAGAGGUAUAUUUCGUCCUGGUAUUUUCUAUACUGGUAAAAUUCUUUCACCAAUAAUUAACUUUGUCACCAUUGUUUAUCAAUUAUUUAUUGUUAUACUAGCAAUGUUCCCUGAUAGCACAAAAGUUGAAGGUCCAUCAACUAUGAAUUAUGCAGUUGCUGUUAAUUGCGGUGUAUGGGUCCUCUCAAUGAUUUAUUUUGCAGUAUGGAAACAUAAAACAUACCAUGGUCCUAAAUCAAACUUGGAUGAUGAUGAUGAUGAUUAUGACUCGUUGAGUGUCCAUGACGGUCAUGAGAUGACCCAUCAAAGCUCUAGUGGAAUUAUAGAAAAGAGCUGA